ACCAGACGACAGCGGUGGACAUUCCAAACAAACAGCCGCAAAGAAGUUACAGUCUGCACGCUGGAACAGAUAAACAAUGCAAAAGGCAAAGAUCCUCGUCCUUGGACCAUGUGAGAGUGGGAAGACUGUCUUGUCCAACUUUUUGGCCGAUGCGACAGAAACGUCAGGUGGAGAGUAUCACCCCACCCAAGGAGUCCGAAUUCUUGAAUUUGAAGGCAAUGCAGUUGGAAGUGGAAGUCGACCAAAACCAGUGGAAGUGGAGUUGUGGGAUUGCAGUGGAGACAGGAAGUUCGAGUCUUGCUGGCCGUCCAUGGCGCGAGACGCUAUUGGUGUCAUGUUUGUCUUUAACCCUGAUGAGGCCAACCACGACAAGGAACUGGACACAUGGUAUAGCUAUUUCGUGGAGCAGCAAGGGUUAAGGGAGUACCAGAGCGUCGUGUUCGCACACCACAAACCCCAAACUUCUGACCAGGAACGUGCGCAGUUGUCUGCUAGUUUCAGCAAGAUGAAGACGGUUCACACAAACAUCGAGGAGGACGCGGAAGGUGUUCGUCAAGAAUUCUAUAGGUUCCUUGGCACACUGGUCACAGCCAUGACAGACAAACAGGAAGAAGAGGAGCUGAACAUCAUGAACAGCCGGUAGUGACAUCAUGAACAGCUGUCAGCAACAUCAUCAACCGCUGACUGCAACAUCAUCCACAGAUGAUUUGGUAACAUGAACAUGAAGCAAUCUACUCAUGUGUUAUUAACAGGAACAACUAAUGGCAACAUCAUGAACAGCUGUUAGCAACAUCAUGAACAGAAGACUGCAACAUCAUGAACAGCCGGUAGUGACAUCAUGAACAUUUGUCAGCAACAUCAUCAACCUCUGACUGCAACAUCAUCUACAGCUGAUUUUGUAACAUGAAUAGAAGAAAUUAUUGUUAUUUAACAGGAACAGUUAUUGGCAACAUCAUAAACAGCUGUUAGCAACAUCAUGAACAGAAGACUGCAACAUCAUGAACAGCAUGUAUAAUAACAUAACUAGUUUUGAAUGUCAUCAUGGAUGGAAUAUUCAGCACCACCAACAACUACAACUGAUGCCCCUAACAAAAUAUAUAUUGACAUAUGAUUACAUUGUGAAUGUUUGUACAUACCAUAUCAAUUCUAUUACUUUGUAGUCAACCAUCACCACAAUUACAAUUCUCAUGGCAGUCAAACCCAAAUCGUGACAGAUGCUUGAAUUACGACUUGGAAUUAUUGGUAGGAAAUUGUCCUCCAACCCUCCCAGGGAGUCAGUAUUCUCUGUCUCCAUCCUUGAGUUUGUCUUUUACUGCAGUUUAUGACCUCCUUGUUUAAUGGUUAUGAUGUACAGGUUAGUUGCUCACGCUGCACUAAACAAGGCCAGACAUUGUUCAUGUGACAGAUGGCCGUAAAAUAUUUCACAGUAUUGCUUGAGAUCUGAAGAACUAGACUCGCCUGUAGUGGGUGAAACUCAUAUCCUACACAUAGUCCUUUAUGUUGUAGAGAGCUGUCACAGAUCUUGGUGAUUCAAACCAGGCAAUGUAAGAGUGUAUGGGUUUAUUGAAAUUUGUCAUUCGUUUAUCUAGUAUUACAGCACCAAUAACAAAUUGAGCUGUGAAAGAACUAGCCUUGCAUCAGGCUCCUUUUAUAUGUUUUCACAUCCAACAAAUGUCACUUAUGAGGGUAGCCUAAUGGUUCAAGCAUCUGCUCAUCACGCUGAAGACCCACGUUCAAUUCCCCACAUGUGUACAAUGUGUGAAGCCCAUUUCUGG